UCUGACCAGAGAAGCAAGGUUCACCAGGAAACAUCAUCAGAAAUGUAGAGCAUAGUUCAUACAUUAGUCCCUGUUAACCAUCUGUGUGUGUCUCAAUAAACGGUUAUCCUUUUAUUUUUUUGUGCCCACAUUUUUGACAUAAAAAAUGCACAGAGUGCAGAUUUUGUCGGGACAUCUGUCGUCAAACAGUCGUGUGGGAAUGAGGCAGUGCAGCGCUUCAGCUGCUGAUCCAAAUGAUAUCGUUGUGGUUCAUGGACUACGAACAGCCAUCGGCCGAGCGAAGAGAGGAUCCUUUAAGGACACUACCCCAGACGAGCUCCUUAGUGCUGUGAUGAGUGCAGUCCUGAAGGAUGUGGGACUGAGACCCUCUUUAUUAGGGGAUGUGUGUGUUGGUAAUGUACUACAACCCGGUGCAGGUGCACUGAUGGCUCGAGUUGCACAUUUUUUAAGUGGUUUUCCUGAGUCUGUACCCGUAUACACUGUAAACAGGCAGUGCUCUUCUGGACUACAAGCACUUUUUAAUAUUGCAGGAGGAAUCAGAGGAGGUUCGUAUGACAUGGGACUUGCCUGUGGUGUGGAGAGCAUGUCCCUUCGUUCACCGGAUAACCCUGGAGACCUCAGCCCCCGACUGAUGGACAAUGAGAAAACCAGAGACUGUAUCAUUCCCAUGGGAAUAACCUCAGAGAAUGUUGCUGAGAGAUUUGGCAUCACUAGGGAAGCACAGGACCGCUUUGCUCUCAGUUCCCAACAAAAGGCAGCCAUGGCACAGAAAAAGGGCUUGUUUGAGCAAGAAAUCACACCGGUCACUACUAAAUUUGUGGAUGAAAACGGCACGGAGCGCACUAUUACUGUCACAAAGGAUGAUGGGAUCCGGCCUGGGACUACCUUUGAAGGCCUGGCCAAACUGCGACCAGCGUUCAAAGAAACCGGCAGCACCACAGCUGGUAAUGCCAGUCAGGUGAGUGAUGGCGCAGCAGCAGUGCUAAUUGGGCGGAGAUCUACAGUGGAGAAACUGGGACUUCCUGUUUUUGGGGUGCUGAGGGCGAGCGCUGUGGUGGGUGUUCCACCAGACGUAAUGGGCAUUGGCCCAGCCUAUGCCAUCCCACAAGCCCUCAACCAGGCUGGGCUGACCGUGGAUGAUAUUGAUGUGUUUGAGAUCAACGAAGCAUUCGCCAGUCAGGCUGUGUAUAGUGUGGAAAAACUGGGUAUUCCUAUGGAGAAAGUGAAUCCUAAUGGAGGAGCCAUUGCUCUUGGUCAUCCACUGGGCUGCACUGGUGCUCGACAGGUCGUGACUUUGCUCAAUGAGCUCAAACGCAGACGCAAGAGAGGGUAUGGCGUGGUGUCCAUGUGCAUUGGGACUGGAAUGGGAGCAGCUGCAGUUUUUGAGUAUCCUGGACAGUGAUGAAAGGCCUGUCGCAAGAUCCCAAGAUGCAAAUGUCCUGAUGACACGCAGAGAAACUAACAGUCACAAAUUAUUUUUAAUCAAGCUGCUAGAAGUCUAACUGUAAACACAAGCAGAGAGACCACACUUCUUACGUAGUGUGCAUCAGUGGGUGUUUGCCUUAAUUUUUGAGGAUGUUCACCAUUCAGAUCUCACUUUAAAGUGCCUUGCAUUUCAACUGUGAUAACAGAUCAUGGAAACAGACAUGCUUGUAUCUGUAAGAGCAAUCAGAAUACCAACUUUUAUCUCUUUGAUUUGUGACAUUAAUCUGAUCUAGUCUUUCCUUCUGAUAUGGAUAUAGCAGCAGAACUCAGAAUUAAAAAAAUAAACUUUUUUAACCUGUGUUGAGGACCAGUGUAAUUUACAAAGGUUGUAAUGCAUCUCAUUUGUU